AUGGCCUUCCACACCGCGGAACCUCCGUCACGUGGUCGCCAUGCAUUGACGCCCGUCGCCGCCUAUGCUAUCGUCCAUGGAACCAUCCUACAGUGCGUCCACCGUCCGGGGCGUGUUAUGAUACAGCCCCGCCAAUGCGAUGCCUCCACUUUAUGCCCACAAAUCGAUGGUAGGAUCGACAUUUGCAAAAGGGAAGAAGGAAAAAAGAAGCCAUCGUAUUCGUUUCCAACAGCUGUUUCCUCUCCAUUGUGCCUUCUCUGCUUUUGCUUCGCUUCCAGUUUCCUGUUGAGAAAAGAGGUCACCGCCAUGGAUAAAGGGGGAUAUGUGGUUUUGGACAUUGACAAUCUUACACAGCCACCAGAGAAAUGCUACACUGGGAGUCCAAAGAUGACUAAGGCACUUUCUCGUAAGGGAUCAAACCGCAUGGAGAAACGGACUAGUGAUGAGCAAGAAGCAGAUGAUGAAACCAAAAGGCUUGUGGCCAAAGCUGCACCUUCUCAGCUGGAGCAGUUGAAGCAGUCCCUGCUGACAAACAAAUCUCUCACAACAGCGCAAUCUGCAGCAAAUGCUCCCAUGCUUCUGGAUUCUGGAGAAGGGCACAAAAGAUUAAAUCGUCUAUCUGUCAUCCAUCCACACAGAGUUCUUCUUGUCUUUGCCACCAUGUCAUGCUUGGGGACGACGAUUCUAAUAUAUUUCACUCUGGCCAUCAGACAAAGAAAUGGAUCUCAACUCGGUCUUUAAAUUCUCUGGGGAAAGUGCAGCUCACUUACAUUUUACUCUCAGGGUGUGUAGCUGAAGAAACAUACCACAUGUGAAGAGAAUCAACACAAUCAAUUUCCUGUAUUCCUCAUCUCUGCAUUGUGCAGUGGAGCAAUCAUGGUGGAAGCAAGUUUGCAAGUCUUUGUACUGGAUUUGGUGGUGUGAGAUAUGGCUGAAAUGCUACAGUUAGUGCUGUGAUGCAGUGGACUGGAGGGGGCUGCCUCGAGUACCUCCAGAGAUCUGACUCAUUGCUGCACUGCUCAUUGUUAUGUUUUGAGUGUGCUUGGCAGUUCUUGCUAUAAAGCUUUCUGAGCUUGGUUAAUGCUAAAGUGUGAUGAUCAACAUUAUUUUUUCUUUGCCAAUUUUGAGUGAUAUUCCCAACUUUCUCUUUCUUCUUGUUU